UCACCAUUGCCAAGAGCACCAUGGAAGUGGCAGGAACGCACCUGCCAUCCUUCCUCCUCAUCCUCCUCUUCACCGUCUACCUCCUUCCCCUUUCCUCCUCCACCAACACCAUCACAACCACCUUUGCCUCGGCCUGCAUCGUCGUCCAACUCACACAUGCAGAUGCCCACAUGAAUUUGACCUACCAGGAACACAUACAUGCGGCAAUAAACCGGACUCAUCAUCGGGCCCAGCAGCUCUCGCGCCACACCGGGCGAGGCCGAGAUCAUCACCGAAACUCAUCCUCGCAGCCCCAACAAGCGACAACUCUUAACACGAGUCUGCAGGGCUACAAUGGAGAAUACUUCAUGAAGCUGGAAAUCGGAACUCCACCAACCUCCUUCACAGCCUCUAUCGAUACAGGCAGUAAUCUCAUUUGGGCUAAGUGCUACCAUCCAACCAACGAGGAAGACGAUCCUCUUUUCGACCCUCAGAGUUCCUCUUCUUAUUCCAAAGUUCCAUGCUCCGACCCAAUUUGCAACAACAGUCGUCUACAUACUUCCUGUAAUGCUCUAGAUUGUGGCUACACAAUCAAGUAUGUAGACGGAACAGGCAGUGAGGGAACUCUCAGUUUGGAGACUUUCACCUUGGGCUCCUUGACGGCUAAUGGCAUUCGGUUUGGGUGCAGCUCUGUGGUUAAUGGCUUUGAAGCCACUGGUCCAGCAAUAGUUGGGAUGAAUAAAGGACCCUUAUCGCUCAUCACUCAAUUGGGACCCUUGAUUGGUUACCAGUUCUCCUACUGCUUGGGUGGGUACAGUGCCUUCGACAAAAGCAAGCUCACGCUUGGACCCAGCAGCCACCUGAUCAAAGCAAACACCACAACAAGCACGCCAUUGUUGAUGAAUCCUGGAAAUCAAAGACAGUACUUUGUGACUUUGCUUGGCAUCAGUGUUGGUGGGAAGCGCCUCCCCAUCUCAGAGUCCGCAUUCCAAGUUCAAUCUGAUGGAAGCGGUGGUGUUCUUGUUGACUCUGGCUCAACUUUUACAGGCCUUGUUGAAGAGGCAUACAAACUUGUACACGAAGCAUUCCUCACGGAAGUUGGUCAACAGUUUUAUCUGUACAACCCAGACUUGCGACUGGACGCCUGCUUGAAUGGCUUGCCAGACUCGAUCUCCAUCCCCACUCUCACGUUUCAUUUUGAUGGCGGCGAUCUACAAGUGCCUCUAGAAAACUAUAUUGUAACUGAUUCAAGAAGGCAACUCUCUUGCUUGGCCAUUCUUCCAACACCAGGUGAAAUGAAUAUAAUUGGAUCCACCCUGCAGCAAAACUUCCUUGUUCAUUAUGAUCUUGGGAAGAACAUGAUCUCUUUCACGCCUGCACAGUGUAGUAGUCUGUAAAUUCCCUACCUUUUACAAUCUCAUUGUCGUUCCAACAGUCUGCCGAUGUAUUGAUGCAUUUUGCCAUAUUACGGUAAUAUGAGAAAAAAGGUCAUUUCAAUUA